GAAAAUUUUUAUUUAAAAGGUAAAGCGUAUUAUUGUUCAACACUAGAGCAGAAGCUUAAGCAUCGAUUGUUUUGCAUAUCCAAUGCAAUUGCUAAUUCAUUGUUAUGUGAAACUAUCUGCAAAAGAAGAAACACGUGAUGUAUUAUUUAUAAGGAAUGUGCAUUUAUUCAAUUGUUCACUGACACUCAAACACACAUUCUCAACACUUCUACAGCAGAUUGCUUCAUGGCAAAACUAGAAAACGACCAACUAAGCUCAAUGAUCAGUCAAUUUCACCUGUACGUUAGAUAUAUGGACGACACGUUCAUCGUUUGUGACAAUAAUAUUGAUUUAGAGGAUAUUUUAAACACCUUUAACUCAUGCCACCCUUCUAUAGACUUCACGUUAGAAAGGGAACGGGACCAAUCAAUUCCUUUUCUCGAUGUACGUCUGAUGAGAAGGAGUAAUGGUUCUUUAAAACGAUCAAUCUUCAGAAAACAAACAUGGAAUGGACAGCUAACUAACUUCUAUAGCUGGGUUCCGUUAAGUAGAAAGAGAAAUCUCAUCCACUCUUUAUGUUAUAGAAUACGUCAGAUAUGCAGUGAAGAAUGCAUUAACGAAGAACUGGAAUUCCUCAAGAAAACCCUAACGGAAAAUGGCUACCCAGAACGGUUCAUAGAAAAGAAUAUGAAUAGAGGUAGUUGUAACAAGAAACCUAGUUGCUCCGUUACGAAGAAAAACCUUUAUAUAAGUCUGGAAUUUAAAGGUGAUCGAACAUCAGAAGUAAUCAAAAAUCGUCUAACAACAACUAUUAGACGAACAUUUAAUGCAGCUAAAUUGCGAAUAAACUUCACGAGUAGGAACUUAUUUUCCGUGUCCAUAAAAGACAAGCUUCCGCGUCUGGUCGCCUCUAUGUGCAUCUACCAGUUCACCUGCUCUUGUGGAGCAAGGUACAUUGGCCGUAGCCAGCGCUCGCUUUCAACUCGGAUACGGGAACAUAUUCCGGCUUGGUUCUAUAAGGGGGAAAGGAAAGCAGUUAGGAGUUCUAUACUUGAACACCUAAUCGACUGUAAGCAUUCCACUGAUCCAAGAAAUGAAUUUAAGAUUGUUUAUAUGAUUCGUUCAAAUCUACCCAGAUUUCUUCGCAUCCAACUUUUAAAAAUAGCCGAAGCUCUUACCAUCCAGGAGCUUAAAUCAGAACUAUGCGUACAAAAGAAGUACGUCUUAUCGUUAUCGUUACCUUGGCCUUAAGUAUUUUGAUUAUCCAAUUAUUAUUAUUAUUAUUAUUAUUAUUAUUAUUAUUACAUUCUCCCCUUUACUUAUAUCUUAUAUUCUCAUUGUUUUAUUAGUGAAUACUCAUCAUAUCACCAUAUUUAUUUAUUUUUACACCUCUAUGACCUUUAAUUAUUAUUAUAACGAAAACAUUUUAAUCAUCUUAUUAUAAUCACUAAAUCUAUUGUUAUUAUUAUUAUUCAUAUUACGUAAUCUAGUAUUAUAACCCCUUUUAUUAACUGUGUUCACAUUUCCCCACGGAAUUAGUACUUUUACAAAAACAAAAUUUUCAUAUAUAUACGAUUGUACAGCUUGAUAAUAAAUUCGUUGAAAAGAGAUCCCUUCGCUGAAAUUCGUGUUUUAACUUCUACAGCUUCCCAUGUAAGUAAAAAAGUAAGCUGUUUGAAAAAUAAUAUUUAUUGAAAUGUAAGUAUAACAUCAAAACAAUUGCACGGCUAUUGAGAAUUAAGGUAGUCGUCCCGUGAAUUCUGAAUUAAAAAAAAGAAAAAAGUUACAACCAUAUCCCAAUGACAUGCUUUGAUACAGCCAAAUACAUGUGUACAUCUACACAAGAGGUAGUACUGCUAUCUUAGCUUGGUCUCUGGUAAAACCUCCACAUAAUUAUACCUCUACCGCACGAUUAUGAUUUAUUUCCUGCAAUACAAUCAUCUGGUGGCUAAUAUAUCUAACUGUAGGAGGCAAUAUUAACAUCUUGGUAUGUGUUAUUAUCAUCUAUAGCAUAUACAUAAUAUUUACAACACUCAGGACACCUUAUGUUUUCACUAUAAACCUAUUUCUGCCAUAAAAGUCGAACAAAACAGUGAAAAUCAGCAGAAAUUGUGAUAAAGAUGGGAAAAACGAUAAAUCUUUACAUGGUAUCGUUAUUUGUAACGCAGUUUUUGUAGCCUUGACGACAAUAAAAUUUUUAUGACGAUAUAUGCCUGAAUCUUGCUAUUUCAUAUAAAAUUAAAAGAUUUGCCUACCACCUAACUAGAAACAAUUGCUAAUCUGCGAUGCAAACACCGAAAAACUAUUAUAGCAGCACCUGAAUAAUGAAUUUUCAAGGACUUCGCGAUACCAUGUAACGCAAAAUGGAAAAACCCCUUUUUACCUAAUUAUGAAAACGGAAAAUAAAUUUUCAAAUUUAUUCAUAAUGUAUUUCAAAAUUUGGUUGUGCACAAAGCAGAAAUGAAGAAGUAGCGCAAAAAAGUAUCGCGAUACCCCUGGAGCGCUGCCUCGCAC